UGUGUGUGGGUGUGGUGUUCCUAUAUAAAAGAGCAACCCUACAAAUUUCGGCCUUCUCUUUUUCUUUCUCUUUCUCUCUUUGUCGCCUGGUCUUGGCAUCUCCGCACCCGCUUGGACCAGGUCGUAUCGUUCUCUUCUCGAGCGAGGUGGGAAGAAAAAGAGAGCAAAGGGAAAGAAAGUUAACAUAUAGGUAGGUGGUAGCAGGUACUGAUGGCUCAACCCAGCAGCAACGGCGAUCUGAGUCAGCAGCAAGGACAGCAGCAGGAGCAGCAGCAGUGGCCCCAGCCGCAUCAGUACCAGCACCAAUGGAUGACCAUGCAGUAUCCGGCCACCGCCAUGGCUAUGAUGCAACAACAGAUGAUGAUGUACCCCCAGCAUUACAUGCCCUAUGUCCACCCUCAUUAUCCCCCGCCGCCGCCCCCUCCCUCCCACCACCACCAUCACAAACAGCCCGCCUCAUCUCCCGCCGCCUCCUCCGACGAGAUCAGGACCAUCUGGCUCGGCGACCUCCACCAUUGGAUGGACGAAAACUAUCUCCACAACUGCUUUGCUCACACCGGCGAGGUUGUGUCGGCCAAGGUCAUUCGGAAUAAGCAAACUGGUCAGUCUGAGGGAUAUGGAUUCGUUGAGUUCUAUUCACGUGCGACGGCUGAGAAAGUCUUGCAGAACUAUAACGGCACCAUGAUGCCAAACACAGAUCAGGCAUUUCGUCUGAAUUGGGCCACAUUCAGUGCCGGGGAUAGGCGAUCUUCUGAUGCUACUUCUGAUCUCUCAAUAUUUGUGGGGGACUUGGCCAUUGAUGUUACUGAUGCUAUGCUGCAAGAGACUUUUGCGAGCAGAUUUUCGUCUAUUAAGGGAGCAAAAGUUGUCAUUGAUUCUAAUACUGGUCGCUCAAAAGGUUAUGGUUUUGUUAGGUUUGGGGAUGAAAACGAGAGAACGAGGGCAAUGACUGAAAUGAAUGGUGUUUAUUGUUCUAGUAGACCCAUGAGAAUAGGUGUUGCAACUCCCAAGAAAACUUAUGGCUAUCAACAACAAUAUUCUUCUCAAGCUGUGGUAUUGGCUGGUGGACACUCGGCUAAUGGUGCUGUGGCCCAAGGUUCCCAAUCUGAAGGAGAUUCGAACAACACUACCAUAUUUGUUGGUGGGCUUGAUUCUGAUAUCAGUGAUGAGGAUCUCAGACAACCAUUUUUGCAAUUUGGUGAGGUUGUCUCUGUGAAAAUUCCAUUGGGAAAAGGGUGUGGAUUUGUUCAAUUUGCUGACAGAAAGAAUGCCGAGGAUGCAAUUCAGGCAAUGAAUGGGACAGUAAUUGGGAAGCAGACUGUGCGUCUUUCUUGGGGUCGCAGUCCAGGAAAUAAGCAUUGGAGAAGUGAUUCCAAUGGAGGCCAUUAUGGUGGUCAGGGUUAUGGAGGCCAUGGAUUUGCUGUGAGACAGAAUCAGGAUCUAGCCAUGCAACCUGCUGCUGCUGCAAUUCAAGGGGCUUCCUGACGGGGUUAGCUCAAUUGUGUGCUGAAGUAGGAUGGAUUUUAUUGAUCGCCAUUAAACUGUAGUAUUAUUUUUAAAUUUGUAGCUGGGUUAUAAGGUAUGCGAGGUUCUUAAAUUAAGAUUGUAUUAAAAAGUCUGAAAUUUUGGAUUGACUCGGGUAUUUUUGUUUUUUAAAUCCUUAAAAACAUAUUGGUAGCAGACAGCUAAGAUUAUUUUAAAUACUUCACAGUAAACUGUUACUGCUUGCAAUAUAUGACUUUUAUUGCAUUAGAAGUUUAAAGGCGGGGAAUAGUUAUUGUCGGAA